GACGCCAUUGAAAAUUGUGAAGAAGACAAUGGCUUCAAAGAAAGUUUUAUGCUUUCUUUUCGUCUGUUUCUUUGCCUUGGGAAGUUCUACCUACUGUACCGACAGCAGCGAUUGUUCCUUCCUUGAGUCCUGUUGUAGAGAUAACGUUUGUAGACAAAGAUGCAACGGCUGUUUCUUCAACUCACAUUGUGGAACGGGCGAGCGGUGCUGUAACAGCAAAUGCAACAGUAGUUCGUCUCCUUGUUCCUGUUCGUCCGGCUUCGAUUGUGACAUUGGCGAGAAGUGCUGUAAUAGCAAAUGCAACAGUAGUUCGUCUCCUUGUUCCUGUUCGUCCGGCGUCGAUUGUGACAUUGGCGAGAAGUGCUGUAAUAGCAAAUGCGUCAGUAGUUUGUCUCCUUGUCCCUGUUCGAUUGACUCCCAAUGUGACAGUGGCGAGAAGUGCUGUGCACAUGAUAGCAAAUGCAUCAGAAGUUUUUCUUCUUGUCCCUGUUCGUUGGACUCCGAAUGUGACAGUGGCGAGCAGUGCUGUAACAGCAAGUGCAUCAGUAGUUUUUAUUCUUGUUCCUGUUCGAUAGACUCCGAAUGUGACAGUGGCGAGAAGUGCUGUACAAAUAAUAGCAAGUGCAUCAGUAGUUUGUCUUCUUGUUCCUGUUCGUUCGACUCCGAAUGUGACAGUGGCGAGCAGUGCUGUAACAGUAAAUGCAUCAGUAGUUUGUCUUCUUGUUCCUGUUCGUUCGACUCCGAAUGUGACAGCGGUGAGGAGUGCUGUACAUAUGAUGGCAAAUGCAUCGACAGUUGGUCUUCUUGUUCUUGUUCGUCCGAUUACCAGUGUGACAGUGGAGAGGAUUGUUGUGGGGGAGUAUGUUCGUCGUACUGUAGUUGGAGCGGCGGAGCUAUUGCAGGCACUGUGAUCGGUACAAUUAUCUUCUUCGCCAUCAUCAUUUCUGUCAUAUCCUGGCUUUUCUGUGCUUGCUGCCCGUACUACCGCUAUCGCACACCCGGUACUGUAGUCGUCACCCAACAGCCGCAAGAACAGUUCGUCUCAACUCAGACACACAUCAUGACGACGCAGCAAGUACAUCCUCCUCCGCCGAUGAACCACAACCAGCCUCCUCUAGGUUUCAGUCAGGCUCCUGCUCCUUACUCAAGCUAUCCACCGUCACUAAACCAAUAUCCUGCACUGCCAGGACAAGCUGAAGUAGUACCGAUGUCGGUUGCAUUUAACACAGAACAACCGAACAAGUUUUUACUAAAGUAAACUUGGUGCAAGCUAACUCACUCAAUUCGAAUAAUUUUCUAGUGAUUUGAGUAACCUUCGGUUUUUAUUUCCAAACAUAAAGAUGUAGACGAGGUCUUACUAAAGAUUCCUGAUUGAUUUGCACGCUGUAUUUCAUCUCGCUAUCGUCGUUCAAAGACAAAAAAAAAGUAGAUAUACGUUUCUUGUAGACAGGAUUUUUGUAGGAUAUAGAUGGGCUCGGCUUAGCAACAAUAAUUAUAUUCUAGAAUGAUUAAUGCAUUCUUAGAAGUGUAGUCUCACUUUCGGUGUCGUAUUAAACCGAUCUGGCUGUAUUUAACCCAGUCCUUGCUUCCAUUCCGCUUGAUUGUGAAUUGCGAUCGUGUCGAAUAGCAGUGAAAUGGUAAUCUCAAUAACAUAUUUACACAGGUUAAAAAUCUGUUAUUAGCUCGGUUUUCUGUUAUUGUAAUUUAGCCGCUAACACAUUUACAGACGCCGGUAUGAUCUGGCUUAUUCCGCUUCAGGGAGAUCUGUUACCUUUUGAUAUUCUUCUUUUAGCUGAUCGGAUCUUUAGCAGAUCCAUCGACAUCAUAAGCUGUAUCGAUGUCGAGUUGUAAUUACAUUUGUGUGUUGUCUCAACUUUGUGAAUAAUAAAUUUUUG